UUGGGGGGACAGACUGGCCUGCUUCAAGCAAAAACAUUGUCAUUUUGGAUGUUGAAUAUUACGGUCAUAUAAUCUAAAAAUACACCAAAAACUGUAAUUUGUAAAACAGAGCCUUAUUAAGGUGACCGUUUACAGAAAAGUUUAUUCUGAAUAAAACUUUAAUGUUUCUGUAGCUGCGAAAACAACACGCAGACGACGUCAUCCCCGUGCGCCGGAAAAUAGGCGGGCUCAGUUGUCCGUCGAGCUGGGCUGAGCUGAGCUGGCUGUUUGGGGGGCUUCGCCGCUUUUCCCUCGGUUUCCUUUACGGACGUCAGUUUUCCAUGCUUUUCAGAAAAGCGUAGUAUCGCUCCGGCCAAACUGAUUUUUCCCCGAUACUCGACCGAGCUUUAAUAGUCCAGAGUCGCGUUUUAGGAGGAAAAUCCGCUCGUUUGUUCGACGACAUGGACUCCGCCAGUCAAGACAUCAACCUGAACUCUCCAAAUAAAGGCCUGGGCUCUGACUCUCUAUCAGAGAUGCCAGCGGAGAGGGGCGCAUCUGGUGUCACCCCUGUAACACUCCCCCCGGGGCUCACAGAGGAGGAGGCUGAGGAACUGAGGCUUGAACUGACCAAGGUGGAGGAAGAGAUCCAGACCUUGCGACAGGUGCUGUUGGCCAAAGAGCGCCAUGCGUCAGAACUGAAGCGCAAACUGGGCCUCAGCCCUUUGAGCGAACUCAAACAGAACAUCUCCAAAGGCUGGCAGGACGUCCAGACCUCAAAUGCAUAUCUUUCAGCCUCCGCCACUCUGGAUGACAUUGCCCACUCUGAAGUGUACAAGAAGACUCAGGAAACACUGUCUCAGGCAGGACAGAAGACCUCUGCUGCCUUCUCCACCGUGGGCUCUGCUAUCACUAGGAAACUGGGAGACAUGAGGAACUCCCCAACCUUCAAAUCAUUUGAGGACAAAGUUGGGAACAUCAAGUCUAAGGUGGUUGGAGGGAGAACCAACGGUGACGGCGUUCCGCCUCCGACCGACUCGAACCCUGUGCAGGACAAAGCUCCGUUCUGAGUCUCGGCACUACCAACUGGACACUCAUUUCAUCCCUUAAUGAAGCCUGACCCUCUACAGCUGCCAUCACUUCUCUCGCUCUUUCUCUCUCCACCUCUCCCUCUCUACUCCAGCCUCUCUUCCACCAACGCUUGCAUGUGCUCGUCUCACCUCAUCACUCACACACAAACACACAAGCACACAAACACCCACACUACAGCUUGUGUGACCUUCAAAAGUCAUCCAAAAGAGGUUGUACAAAAAGAGAAAAAAUGUUAAACCAUUUUGUAUUAUAAAGUAUUUUACACUGCUUUGCAUAAUGUUUUUACAUAACUUUUAUCUAUAUAUGAAUAUAAAUAAAUACAAAUAACUAUAUUUAAACUCUACUGCCAAGCAGCAUUCAUCAGAUGGUUAAGGGGUAAAAGAGAGGAGAACCUAUGGAAAUGGAGGGGAGGGGCUAACAUUAGAACUACUCACAAAAGAGGAACGUGCUGCAGUUUUCUAUGCUGCUGAUGAUUAAUUUGAGUCCUUUUUUUACUCCGAGUACAAUGUGAAGCAACGCUUUGCUGUACUGUAUUUGGUGAAUGUCUAAUCCUCUCUGUCUGCCUUACACUUGCACUCUGGUUGCUUUUUCACUUUUUUUUUCUUUUUUUGCUGGUCAAAGCAUGUUGAAUUUAAGGUUGUUUUCUCUUUCCCGGUUCGGUCCUCUUCUGCCCUUGGAUCUAUUUCUUCGGUUGAGUUCCAGUAUGAAACUGAUGGGGUUGUUUUGUUUGUGCUUUGUCUAGAUUAGAGUCUGCCAGCCUUUGCUUUGUGCCACUGCUUUACUAGCGAUCUGAGGCCAUUUAAAGACCUAUUGCUGUUGAAACGAAGAGCUGUUUCGCCAAUUAUCACUCACACUAACUACCACAUAAGUGUCACUAUGAAAUAUAGCUCUUGCGUUAGCCUGCACUAACCCCAACAUGUAAAACACUGACUAAAGACCAGUGGUGUCAAAACUCCUUUUUGUUAUCUACAUUAAGUUACACAAGACUGCUUACUUGUGCAGAAAGGUAGCACGGUCACUUUUUAUUUAAAAACCCAAUGAGUUCAAAUUUUUUGGCCAAAUUUAGUUCUUUUUUUCUCUCUUUUUUUGGUUAAAUUAAGCCUUUUUAUUUUGCCUCUUUCACCUGUAUUUCAGCAUUACCUCUUUUCUAUGUAUCAGUAGUAGUUUACAACACAUUAUCAUAUACUGAGCUGAAAUUCAAGGGAUUCUUUAUGGUAGUUUGCCAGAAAUAUGUACGUCUGAGCUGCCAGUAACACAGCAGGGGAAGUUGGCCAUUGGGAUCCAUCUUAUGACAUUUAUCGGGUCGGUGGCUCAAGCUCUAGUUACCACGGAGAGAUAAAGAUGUAGUGAAGCAUGUUUUCUGAAGAAAACGGUAGAACACCAUCGAGCUACAUGUGUGUAAAUGGGACUGGCUGUUGUAGAGAGCACGAGCACCAUAUAGCUUUAAUUUAGGGUUCGUAGCUUAGGUAGGUGUACAAAAUGAAAGGGUUUGGUUUUCUUUUUGAGACAUUCGUGGAAUACUUAUCAUUUAUGUUCAUGUCUGUGUUUAUGUUUGUAUAUCAAUAAAGCAUUCCUUCAAAUGAC